AUGGCACAAGCGAAAACGGAGCGGGACCAAGAUAUCCUCGCUUUGGCCAAACCUCUCCACGAUGUGCCAUGGUGUGACGAAUACCAAGACAUGAUAUCGGGGAUGCUGUACAAUCCCAACACCCCCCAACUCCUCGAAGCCCGGCACCAGGCCCGUUGCAAAACAUACAAGUACAAUAACAUCGAUCCCAACCAGUUCAAACAAGAGGAAGCGGCCAGCUUGCGCUCGAAGUUACUCGCAGAUCUCCUUGGGCGGGUGGGAAGUGGUUGUGUCAUUGAGCCACCCUUCCGUCCAGAUUAUGGAUGCAAUGUUGUAAUGGGCAGCGAUUGCUUCAUCAACUGGGGACUCACAAUACUCGAUACAAGUCUGGUUAUAAUUGGCGACCGCGUUCAAAUCGGCACCGGUGUAAGCAUCAUUACUGCGGGCCACGAGACAAGUGUACUCUCGCGAAUAAAAUUUGUGGAAUGGGGCAAGGCCAUCCGCAUCGAGGACGACAGCUGGAUCGGCGCCAACGUUGUCAUUCUCCCCGGGGUGACCAUAGGCCGAGGCAGCACAAUCGGAGCUGGAGCAAUCGUCAGCAGAGAUGUGCCGCCGUACUCAGUGGCAGUUGGCAUCCCUGCGCGCGUCGUCAAGACACUACCGUCCGUGGAGGAGGAGCUGGCGGAUCCGGCUAAUAUUUAUCGUAACAUGGCUGACAACACCUUCAAGGCUUAA